GUGGAAGGAUCAGUCAGGACUCGGCGCGUGGCGGUGACGUCAUCGGAAGCCAGGCCCUUGGAGGAAUGCUGCGCGGCUAGUGUGCGCCGGCCGGGUAGAGGCGGGCGAGGCGUGUGGCCCUCGCUGGCUUGGGAGGAGUGGAUGGUGCAUCCGCGAUCCUCAGCGCCAGCUCUGAGUUUUGAAUCCCUCCUGCGUGAGGUGGAGCCGCGGCCUACUCUCACGGCGUGGCCCCUAAUUUCUGAGCACUUCGUGUGUGAGGCCUAGGUGGUGGUCCUCGUGAACGCCCUGGUCCAGAAAACAGACGAGCCAGGCGAUGAGUGAGAAGCUGGACACGGAAGUAAAGCAAAGUUCGGGAGCACAUGGACUGCGGCCCGGAUACCAGUGCAGUACACAGCCCUGAAGCCCCAGAAUGUCAAGAAGAAAAGCAGGGGCCUGGACCAACUGCAGGACCUGGAACUCAGCCUGGGCUCUACAGCUACAUAAGGGAUGAUUUGUUCACUUCAGAGAUCUUUAAACUGGAGCUACAAAAUGUGCCUCGCCAUGCUAGUUUCAGUGAUGUCCGGCGUUUUUUAGGCCGUUUUGGCCUACAAUCCCACAAAAUCAAACUCUUUGGACAACCACCAUGUGCCUUUGUAACAUUUCGCAGCGCUGCUGAACGAGACAAGGCCUUGCGAGUGCUGCACGGAGCUCUCUGGAAAGGCCAUCCACUCAGCGUUCGCCUGGCCCGACCCAAAGCUGACCCCAUGGCUAGGAAGAGGCGUCAGGAAGGUGAUAGUGAGCCUCCGGCAACGCAAAUUGCCGACGUAGUGACUCCCCUUUGGACAGUGCCCUACACUGAACAGCUGGAGCAGAAGCGACUGGAAUGUGAGCGGGUGCUACAGAAACUGGCCAAGGAAAUUGGGAACACUAACCGUGCCCUGCUACCCUGGCUGCUCACACAGAGACAACAGCACAAUAAGGCUUGUUGCCCACUGGAGGGAGUCAAGCCAUCCCCCCAGCAGACGGAAUAUCGUAAUAAGUGUGAGUUUCUGGUCGGAGUUGGGGUAGAUGGAGAGGACAACACUGUUGGCUGCCGGCUUGGCAAGUACAAGGGCGGAACAUGUGCCGUGGCAGCCCCCUUUGACACUGUGCACAUCCCAGAGGCCACUAAGCAGGUGGUGAAGGCCUUCCAGGAAUUCAUCCGGUCUACGCCAUACUCUGCAUAUGACCCUGAGACAUAUACAGGCCACUGGAAGCAACUGACUGUCCGUACCAGCUGCCGAGGCCAGGCCAUGGCCAUUGCCUACUUCCAUCCCCAGAAACUGAGCGCUGAGGAUGUGGCAGGACUGAAGGCAUCCUUGGUGUACCACUUCAUGGAGGGGCCAGGGAAGGCCAGUGGGGUGACCUCCCUCUACUUUGUGGAGGAGGGACAGAGAAAGACUCCAAGCCAGAAAGACCUCCCCCUGGAGCAUAUGGCUGGUGAUCAGUGCAUCCAGGAGGACCUGCUAGGGCUGACCUUCCGCAUCUCCCCUCAUGCAUUCUUCCAGGUAAACACACCUGCAGCUGAGGUGCUCUACACAAUCAUCGGGGAAUGGGCCCAGCUGGAUGGGGGCAGUACGGUGAUGGAUGUGUGCUGUGGUACCGGCACCAUAGGCCUCGCCCUGGCCCCGAAGGUGAAGAGAGUAGUGGGGAUUGAGCUGUGCCAGGAGGCUGUGGAGGAUGCUCGUGUGAACGCCCUCACCAAUGAGCUGAGCAACGUUGAGUUCCAUUGCGGCAGGGCUGAGGAUCUGGUGCCAGGCUUGGUGAGCAGACUGUCUUCACAGCGACUGGUAGCUGUUCUAGACCCCCCACGGGCUGGCCUACAUUCCAAGGUGAUUCUGGCCAUCCGGAGAGCUGAGAACAUCAAGCGGGUCCUCUAUGUUUCCUGUAACCCCCGGGCAGCCAUGGGCAACUUUGUGGACCUCUGCAGGGCUCCAUCUAACCGAGUGAAAGGCAUCCCAUUCCAUCCUGUCAAGGCUGUGGCUGUGGACUUGUUCCCACAGACUCCACAUUGUGAGAUGCUUAUCCUGUUUGAGAGGAUGGAACAACACUCUAAUGGCAUAGGAGCCCUGGGGAAUCAAGACCUUCAAGCCCCAAGAAAUCCUGACACCACUCCACAGGAAACAGAACACCCCCUCUCAUCCUAGGUCCUGGGAUGUGUGCAGGACAAAAUCUGGGAGUUCUUUUACAGCUUCGUAGUAAGUGGAGGAUGACCAAGCAAACAGUGGUGGGACAUGAGGUUUACCUAACUGGUACUACAGUUCAAGGAGUAUAAACACUUGUGUUCCAUAAUAAGCUAACCAGUCUCUAGAAUAAACAAUUGCUGACUUACUAAUGUCUGGUGAUAGCUAGA